AUGGGUCCCAAACGCCGUCGCCUGGCACUCUCCUGCGUGGCCUGCAGGCGGAGGAAGGUCAAGUGCGACAGGACCUAUCCGACCUGCGUCCGGUGUCAGAAGGGAGGGGUGAGUUGUGACUACGUGUCUUAUACCAAGCAGGAUAGUGCUCUCCCUACUCCAUCCGAGGAGAGCCCACAGCUUCGCAGAGAGGCUUCGGUUACCUCUUGGACCGAACACGCCGACGUUUGGCACGCCCGGUCAAAAGAACACGAGAGUGCCCGAAACCACGAAGAGACCCAACAGUCCAGCUCCUCGCAACCUCGCACCCAGGUCAAGUCUUUGCGAGAGUUACAGGAGCGACUAUUCGAACUGGGGACCCAUGUCAAGGCGGGGGGAGCGCGUCCCAUCUCUUCCGCUGUGUAUCUUGGCCUCGGUCAUUCUGCUGGGUCAGCCGCGAGCACCGACAAGAAUGCCUUACAUGACCACGAACGAGCCUUACUCCGGGGAAAAAGCUUCAAGACGCAAUAUUUCGGUCCAAGUCAUGGAGCCAAUUUACUUUUACAAUUUGAGGAACUUUCCCGCUUUGUCAAGGAUAUCCUGCAGCGGCUGCCAACACUCGAAAAAUCCAGAAAUAUUUGGAAACAGCAACGCCGAAACGUCAACGCCAGCUUGAUUCUUCCCGAUCUCGAGACUCUGACAUCGUUGGUUCCCGACCAGAGCCGUACAGAUGCCCUAGUGCAAGAAUAUUUCGAGACACUGGAGACGACAUAUCGUGUUCUACAUGCACCGACCUUCUUCCGCAAGUACAAGGAGUUCUGGGCUUCGUCCGGAGACUCUUCCUCGGGGUUUCUUGUGCAACUCCUUCUUGUAUGCGCGAGCGUGAAUUGCUCCGUAGCCGGCGGCCCCACGGGAUUUGUCGGUCGAAGUACUGUCUGCCGUGAUGCAGCCGUUAAAUGGAUCGAAGUUUGCGAGAAUUGGCUAGAGCUGCAAAGCCACAAGCACAUGACGCUGGAAGUUUUCCAAGUCCGCGUCCUCCUGGUGAUUGCCAAGAAGCUCAACUGCGUCAAGGUCAAGCGAGAAUACACGGUGUCAGGACAUCUGCUACGGGAAGCCAUGUCGUCUGGACUGCAUCGCGAGCCCACCUUUUUGAGCAAUACCAUCUCAGUCUUCGACCAAGAGAUGCGAAGGAGACUCUGGUUCACAAUACUCGAGCUUGAUGUUCAAAACAGCCUUGACCGCGGGAUGGGAGCAAGCAUUGGUCCAUUCGACUGGGACACUUUGCCCCCGUUGAACCUCCACGAUGAAGACUUCGACGAAACGACGGAAAAGAUGCCCUCCGCCAGAGCUAUGACCGAGUUCACCCGUACAUCAUUCCUUUGCCUAGCGCAUCAGCACUUGCCGCUCCGCCUGGAGAUAAUCUCGAGGAUCAACAGCAUUCGUAUGGGCCUUGAAAGUGAUACCGCCCUCGAGCUUGAUCAAAAGAUCCGGCAGACCUUGGAUAACCUCCCAAAAUGGUCUGAUCACGCAGCAACUGCCAUCGCGGAAGCUCUCUCAGAACUGCAGCUUUACGAGAUUCUAUUGCUCAUGCAUCAACCAUUUGCCACUCAAGUCGACGCGCCGGCACGACACUUCUACUCACGAGCCGCCCGGCGGAACGCAGCACUGUCGACAAUGAGGGUUUUCAUCGGACUACGACCCAGCAGUCGGAGCAGCUACCUCAACCUCCGGGAUGAUCUGUUCCGAGCUUGCCUAGCAACUUGCCAUGAUCUAGUCGUCUCGACCCGAUCGAAAGAGGAACUGUUGCAGGAUCCGACCAGUGCUGAGAAUUUGAUUGAACAGGCCGUCAACUUGAUGGAAGAUCGCAUCAAAAACCUCGGCCAAGGGUUUCAUACAUAUUGGCUGACCUGCAGCGCCCUGGGGCUACUUCGUUCGAAGCUCUCUCCAGAGGAACCCGCCGAAAAGUUUGCACAGGGGACUGCUGACCGGGUAGCCACUCUCCAGGGGUUCAUGAUGUCGCGGCAGAUUUCGUCCGUCACGCAAACUAAUGGCGUAGAAGAUGUUACCAUGAGCACAGCCAAUACCUUGGUGGGAAUGAGUUCCCAGCCUACGCCCGGCCAACCUCUACCAGAGCUCGAUCCAUUUGUGACGACGACCACGGAUCCAUUCAAUACCUUUCCUGAGACACUGUUUGACUUUGAUAUCACAGAUCUUUGGAACAUGGGAGGGGUCGGGGGAAGCACGCAUUACUGA